GAGCCACACACGUUAUCUCGCGAUAUUUCAGCAAUCACUUCCUCUUUCCGUUCUCCGCCGUGAUGCCGACCAAGAAAAGCAAGACUAGGAAGCUGCGCGGUCACGUCAGCCACGGGCACGGCCGCAUCGGCAAACACAGAAAGCAUCCCGGAGGUCGCGGUAAUGCCGGCGGCAUGCAUCAUCACCGAAUCAACUUUGAUAAAUACCAUCCAGGUUAUUUUGGUAAAGUUGGUAUGAGGCACUAUCAUCUUAAGAAAAACGCUCUCUUCUGCCCCACAAUUAAUCUGGAUAAACUGUGGACGCUGGUCAGUGAGCAGACAAGAGUGAAUUACAGCAAGAAACCUGAUGGACCUGCACCCAUCAUUGAUGUCGUCCAAGCUGGCUAUUUCAAAGUUUUGGGUAAAGGAAAACUGCCCAAGCAGCCUGUCAUCGUGAAGGCCAAGUUUUUCAGCAGACGAGCUGAGGAGAAGAUCAAGGGUGUUGGAGGAGCUUGUGUGCUUACUGCAUAAAAUGCCCCCUUCUCUUUUGCUAAAUAAAAUGACAAAAGUUAA